AUGCAACUUUCUUCCAUCUUCAUCGCUGCCCUGCUCACGAUUAGCCCCUUGCACCUCGUUCUCGCCCAGCGCCGCCACUACAACUACGAAGUGAGAGAUUACCUUUACGAACGGGAACCCGAGUACCUGGACAUUGAGGACGUUGAGAUCCGAGCGGCCGACCUCUACAGACGAGCCGGAACAAUCAAGUGCACCAACCAGGGAAAUAUCAAGCGUGUCAAACCCCUCUACAAAGGAAAGUGUCACCCGCAAAACAGCGUGGGUUAUAUGGGAGCACACAAGUGUAAAACAAAGCAUAUUGGAGGCCACUCCUAUCUGUGCGUUCAGAACGACGUCGCCACUUGCUACAGUGUAAACGAAGCAUUUGACAAGAAACUCGAGUACGGCGAGUGCUUCAGCAAUCGCAAAACUCACUACUGUUUUUGUUUCCAUCUCUCUCUUCACUACUCUACAUUUACCUGUAUUUCGGUCGUCAAGAUGCAGGUCCAACUCUUGUCCGAUUCCUCUCCCCCCUCUCUUCAGCUCUUCGACCAGCUGGCUACGUCUGCAGCUCUGGAUGAGAUUACAAACAUUCCAGGAGGGAUCCGCCACUACAUCUUCCACCGAGGUGUACGUGAUAAGGAGACUGGCAAGACAGCAAAGUCCCUUCUCUUUGCCAUCUACCAAACACAGCGGUACAGUCCCAAGACUGGUUACCGCGUUUGCUUGAUUCAUGAAGGCUACUACAUUGCUUCAGCUACGAAGAAGGAGGAUGAGCCUGAGGAUGAGAUUGACUAUCUUGAGAAGGAUAUUCCUAGGGACAGUAAGGAGUUUGUGAUCUUGGGUGAGGAUGUUUUGGGCAUGUCCGAAGUCGUUGAGGAGGCUGAAAAGGAGGCUACAAAUUAA